AUGACAGUUGCAGCGCCCCCCGUGGCACCAGUGCACGAGAAUGGCAUUAACGGUGGUGUCGGUCAUCAUGUCAAUCCUAUGAGCCUCCCACGUUUUCAUCCAAUCGCAAUGAAUCCGAGCCAAGCAAUUCCCCCGGAGCAUUUGAUGCACGGUCAUCACCAAUUUCGCCCUUUCCCACCACCUCCUCCUCCUCCCAUGCAGGAACCGUCAGGCCCGCCAGCUCCUGUUCCGGUUUCAGGACCACCUGCCCAUCAUCCGCAUAUUGACCAAAUUGAAGCACGCCUGAGGCAGCUAGAACAUGAAGAAGCGGCUCGUAUGGCGGCUCGUAGCCAUCUUCUCGCCAUGCGCAAGCGAGAGGACGAAGACUUUCGUAGGUUGACUGAAAAUGCGGAAGCAGAAGAAGAGGAACUGCGUAGGCAACGAAAACGCUUGAAAAGAGAAUCCAUGGGCCUUGGAUAUAACGCUGGGAUGGACUCUCCGCCCCUUCGACCCACGCCGCCUCGUCGUCUAUCGGAGACCAAUGCAGCCACUACUCUUGCAUUUUUCAAGCAGCAAAGCCCCCCAGAGCCUCGUCCGAUCCCCCCUCCUCCGACACAAGCACCCGCACCCCACGUUCCUCCACCUCCUCAGCACAUUCACCAUGACCCCACCGGUGCAACCUCGAUCAGACGAAAGCAGAAAUACACCAUCAAAAAUGUGGAAGCUUGGGGGGAGCGACACGGGCGCCCGGCAGCGCAUGAUCCCUCUGGCAGGGCUCUCUGGAAGCGUCCCUCAGACGGUAGCCUGGUCUAUCUAACUUGCCCGGUAUCCGGCUGCGGAAAGGCUGACUUUGUGACUCUCCAUGGGUUCAUGUGCCAUUUGACGAAGAAACAUAAAGACCGCAGUCUGGGCAGUCAAUCCCGCGCAUUAGAAGUAUGCGGAUUCGUCUAUGACCCCAACGCCCCUCUCCCCCCGGUGGCAAAUGUCAACCGCGCAUCCACAGAAGAGAGCCGACUUGAAUCAGGCCCCACAGAUCAUGAAGGAUACCAGCAGGAGCUGGACUAUUCCUCUGCGUCGGAUGAAGAGGAAAGCCACGAGAUCCCAGUGAAAACGGAAUCCGCAGAUAGGACAUUGCCUGCACCGCCAUUAAUGACGAUGCCCUCCGUUCCCGAGCUUCAAGCCCGCCUGAACGGCUCGACGAAACAAUCCAUCUCAUCUAUCAUCGACCGUAUUUCGGAAGAUGAACACCGCGAGCGGCUGGAUCAUACGAACCCACCGCGCCCCAUGGAAAUUCCAGUGCAGACCUCACCGGACCACAAACCCAACUUCAAUGACGAGGCAGAUUUCCCUCAUCCACGUGAGCAUGAAAAAGAAAAUACUGACCCGAAAGCAACGGCCGAGACAACACAGUAA